CCCCCCCCCCCGCCCCCCCCCAAUCCGGCCGGAUCCGCCUCAGCGCACACCGGCAGGCAAGUCGGUCCGCCUCGCCGACGCCGGUCCUCAUCCGUCGGCGCUCGUGUAGGGUCCUCAUAUCCAGCCUCCAGCGACGCCGAAACGCUUGAUCUGAGGCACAGGCCUUCGCCAUGGAGAACACCUGCAUAAGCUUCACCGCCGUAGCGCGCUCGGCGCGGAUGCUCAAGAUCGACGGCUUCAGCCUGACCGAGAGCAUGGACCACGACGACUGCGUCAGAUCCAGGUGGACCUUCGACGGGUACGAGUGGGAGGUCCGCGUCUACCCAGCGAUGACCAGCUCUGCCGGCGGUGGGGGCGGCGCCUACGUGGUGCUGGAGGUGGCCUUCCUCAGCAAGCCCCGCAAGGGCAGCGUGAGGGCGGCCAUAGGCUGCCGGCUGGUCGACCCGAGAGGGAUACUCAAACCGUCCAAUGAAAUCAGUAUCUCAAAGGUGUUCAGUCGCCCCCAGGAAUGCUCGACCAAGGCGGCUGUCGUCGGGCGGCGCGCGCUGGCGGCAUCGGCGUUUCUCCGGGGCGAUUCCUUCACUAUGGAAUGCACCAUUGAGGUUCUGAAGGAGCUGCCUGAUACGGUGACGGACCCUGUCGAAGAGGUGCCGGUGCCAUCCUCAAACUUGGGCCGGCACCUGGCUCUACUCCUGCAGAGCGAGGCCGGGGCAGACGUCACGUUCCUCGUGUCCGGCGAGUCCUUUGCCGCGCAUAAGAGCAUACUGGCCGCGAGGUCUCCGGUUUUCAUGGCUCAGUUCUUUGGAGACAUGAGGGAGAAAUGCUCACAGAGUGUGGUGAUCGAGGACAUGGAGGCUGCGGUGUUCAAGGCCCUGCUUCACUACAUCUACACUGAUACUGUGGCUGAAUUCGACGAGAAGGGUGAGGAGAUGACAAUGUUAGCCCAGCACUUGCUUGCAGCUGCUGACAGAUACGGGCUCGACAGGCUCAAGCUGAUCUGCGAAGGCAAGCUCUCUGAUGGCAUCAAUAUUGACACUGCAGCAACGUCUCUGGCUCUAGCCGAGCUGCACAACUGUCCACGGCUCAAGGCGAAGUGCGUCCAGUUCAUCAUUAGAAAUCGUGAGGUUCUUGAUGCUGUGUUGGCAACGGAGGGGUACAAGUACCUGGCGGCAAGCUGCCCUUCGGUGCUGGCUGACCUUCUCAAGUCGAGCCUGCGCGUCGGAUAAAGAGCUGAUGCAUAGUUGGGUGCUAUCAGAGGUCCAGAGGUCCAAAUUUCAGUGAUGCGUAAUCUCUGUUUGUGCUUGUCUAGUUACCUUGCGUCGUGUCUUAACAUUGAAUCUACGCUCAGGUAGGUUAGUCUCUGGUUGUGCCUGUUAUGCAUGAAUGUAUUAUAGUAACUUGUGUUCCCCUGACUUGCUUAUGUGCAACCUGUUGUGAUGUAAUUUAGUAUAAAUGGUCCAUGAUUUGGUAUC